GCACCCUUCAGCUGGAAAUCUGAGGAAAGCUUCCUGCCUGUGGUGGUGAGUGCCAGACCGGUCAAGGGUACUCUCCUUUGUCCACAUUCUGGGAAGAGAUAAAAACCAUCGAGCUCAGCCCAGAACGACUGCAUCGGUUGCUAGUAUCGCGUACAACAUCUUCACCACCGGCUCCAAACUGAAACUCAGUUCGAUACUGAAGUCCGGCUCAGUUUUGAUAGCUCACUGAUCAAGUACUUCCAGCAAUAUUGUCUUCCGGCUGCCCGCGUGACGAUCAAGUAGAGGAAGACUGUCAUAGGUGAAGAGUGAGAAUUGUUGGUAUCAGAUAAGCUGAUAGUUUGGGCAGGAGUGACUGAAGUAGCUCGCUGAGUGGCAUCUCAGCGAUGGCCGGUGGUUUCAACGGGGGUGCACCCAAGUAUGACGCCCCACCAUACUACACUCAGAAUAACAGUUCGAAGAGGAGGAGAUGGUGCAUUGUAUUGACUGCUGUUAUAGUCUUGGUUGUCAUAAUCUGCGCCAUUGCAAUUCCCGUUUCCAUGAAGAAAAAUAAGGACGACGACAAAGGUAAUGCAAGCGCUGACAACGGAGGGACUGGCAGUGGGAGCAGCCUCGAGAGAGCUUGCAAUCAGACUCGGUACCCAGAAGUGUGUAUGACAUCUCUGGGCCAACUGCCGAAUGCCAACACUUCGAAUCCUCGAGACCUGGUGAGAAUCGCAGUGUUUGCAGCGUCUGCAGGCGUAUCCCAGGAGCUCGAUAGAGCUCAAGCUCUGCUGAAAGACGCAAGCAAAGAUCCGAACUUGUCAGCUGCUGCCUCAGACUGUGUUGACAACCUCGUGGACUCGCUCGCGGAGAUAAAUGAAACGUUGGACCGUCUGAAUGACUGGGACCUGCUGAAGCUGAAGGAGCAGCUGGGCGACUUGCAGACAUGGAUGAGUUCCGCUCUCACACUCCAGCAGACCUGCCAUGACGACUUCGUAGACAUGAAUGUGACGACGGGUCCGGCAGCUGAGUUCCUUUCGAAGGGUGAGUACACGGAGAAGCUUCUCAGCAAUGCUCUCGCUAUGGUGAAUACUCUCAAAACCAUCACCAACGACUUCCUCGGCAGGCGCUUGCUGUCGGAAUCCCAAACAUUCACCAAAGAGUCGGAGGAUUGGGUGAGCCCUCUGCGGAAACUUCUGCAGUCUACCUCCACUGUCGUUCCGGAUGUCACAGUGGCGCUCGAUGGGUCCGGGGACUACACCAGCAUUCAGAAAGCUGUGGACGACGCCCCUCAAAAGAGCGACACCCGCUACGUGAUCUACAUCAAAGCUGGAGUGUACAAGGAGUACGUCGAGGUGAAGAAGAAUUUCUGGAACAUCAUGUUUAUUGGAGAUGGGCAGAACAAAAGCAUAAUUUCUGGAAAUAAAAGCGUGGUCGGCAGUGGAGUUACCACCUCGAAGACUGGCACACUAACUGUAAUGGCGAAGGGAUUCAUCGGACGAGACUUUGCAGUGGAGAACACAGCAGGAGCAAUCAACCAUCAGGCAGUGGCGUUGCGAGCGGCAGGAGAUUUGUCGGCGUUUUGGAGGUGCACAUUUCUCGGGUUUCAGGAUACAUUGUACACUCACACCAACAGGCAGUUCUACAAGGACUGCACAGUGGUGGGAACGGUGGACUUCAUCUUCGGCAACGCAGCCGUGGUGCUCCAGACCUGCACAGUCUUGGCCACAGUGGGCAAUCCUGGGCAGCAAAACACGUUCACUGCGCAGGGACGCACCGACCCCAACCAGAACACUGGAAUCUCUUUCCAAGGAUGCACAAUUGACGCCACCGCCACACUUAAAGCUGAAGCCGCCGAGCAUGCCACUUAUCUCGGCAGGCCCUGGAAGCCGUACUCAGUCACAGUCUUUCUCCAGUCGACUCUGGGCUCCAUAAUUCACCCUGACGGUUGGCUUUUGUGGAAUGGCGAAACUCAACAUUUAGACACCAUCUAUUACGCUGAGUACAUGAACUCUGGUCCUGGAGCUGGUGUCUCGAAACGUGUCCCUUGGUCUUACCAAAUUGCUAACGUCAAAGACGCGAGGAAGUUCACUGCCAAUGACUUCCUCUCCGCCCCAACUUGGCUGCCCUCCACCAACAUUCAGUACACAGGCUCUAUCUAGCUGAUAUGUUAGCACUUUCAGUUCCUUAAUUAAGAGACCGGGAGUUUCAGUUCUGCAGCCUGAAGUUUUCUUUUUGCUGGAAUCACAGCACUGAGGUGAUUUCAACACUGAGCUGAUCGGAUAGUCUUUCAGCAUUCGAAGAGUCUCGAUUGGUGCGAACUUUUCGGACCUUGUGGCGUCUGGCUGGCUGCCGAGCUGAAACAUCGGUCUCUCAGAGCAGGCGAUUUGAGAAUUUUCCUGCUCAUGUUCGCGUUUCGGCACACUUGCCCUUUGGAGUUUUAGGAUCACAUUUUUCUCAUUCUGCGAAAGCCGGAUCGUUAUCAUCGUUAGUCGGUGUGAGAUUCACAGAGUGUUCAGUUGUUUACAUGCUCUUCCAUUCGAGGAAUUCCAUUGAAGGAAGUUUAUGGAGUAGAAUAUUGAUUGAAAGGAGGAAGGGGAGGAGGGAAGGGAGGCCUGUUGGGAGGUAGAUUGAACGUAGUUAGCUGGGAAGAGGACUAUAUUGACCUCUAGAGUUCGAGUAUCUCUUCCCAGAGUUCUGCAAUUGUACAGCUUUAGAUUCGAGUCAGGCAUUCCAAAUUGGAAAGUUCGCUUCUCGUGUAGUGUAUAGCAGAGAAAAUCAGUUCAAAAAAAAGCUAGUAAUCUCGAGAAGAGAAAAUUGAAUAAAAUUGUCUCGGAAAUUCUUACCAUC